AUGUCCGCGAUGAGAACUUCACGUUCAAGUGCAUACGUAGUUCGGGAAGCAAUCUUGAAGUUUUACGAUGACAAGAAAUUGUGGCCACGUGGGCUCACUUCUACGAUGGAGUGCAUUCGAGUUUUGGAUCGCCUGCCCUCAAUCGGGGAACCCGCACCCGUCCCUCUGAUCAGCGAGCAGUAUGUGAAGACGCUCAAGGGUGCCGCCAAGGGCGAGAAGCCAAAGGCCAGUCCCCCGAAAUCAGCUGGAUUUCGGUUCAGUGCGGUUUUCUUGAAGAAGGCGAAGAAGGAUUUCAACGAUCGAAGUAAGAAAUUCAGAGAGGAUGCCAAGGCAGCUGGGCAUGCGCCCCGCACGGCCUUAAAGAUGUGGAUCGAUAGCGAGGAAAGGAGUGCACGGAGAAUCCUUUCCGGGCCGCUCGACUUGGUGGCUGCUGAUAUGCUAGGCCCUAUACGACAGUUCAAGUCCUAUCUAGCUAGAAUGGUCGUAGCAGAGCUCUUGAUGGUGGAUGCCCCGUCGUGCCUCGUGCUUUCAAUUUUACUUCUGAUCUUCAACUCCCAGAUCCCGAAGACGAAGGCGCACCUUCGUGGAGCUUCGGUGGACAUCGUGAACGAGCCGGUUACCAUGGACCUGCUCACGCUACGCUGGGUCAUUGAACAACCGGAUGGUAGCUUCCUUCCGGAGAUGCCCCGAUUCCAAGCCUUAUUCCGGACUUUUGAGGAUCUGAUUGAUACGAUCACCGAGAGGGCGGGCUUCAUGUCCAGGGAGGAAAUGAGUCGGUUUGCGCAGAAGACGGCUGUGCAAUACACGGACAGCAAUGGUGUUAAGGAGUACACCAAAGCCUUUGGCGAGUUCCUGACGAAGUAUUUCGUGAGCGUGAUGAAGGAGCCCUUCGAGGUAUCCUUUGAUGCGAAGACUGCCCCUACUAUCGACCGGUCGAUGACAGACCAUGAGCUCUUUGUGGUGCACUGCACAGCCGACUCGAAUGGAUGGCUGGCAGGAGAUAUUUGGGAUGCCGAAAUGCCGACAGUCAUCGGUUAUCUCAAUGCCAAACACGUGAUGCCUCCAGGGCAAUGGGAGACCUGGCUGGGAUGA